CCAUUUUUGGAAGAGGGUUUAGAAGAAAAACCCUUUCGCGCACAAUCCUUUCCUUCCGAGUUCAGACACGCUGUUUCUUUCCCUCGGCGGCGCUGAGUUUGUGGUCGCCGGAGUUUCAUCGUUGGUCCGGAAUCGCUUUGCGCCUGCCAAUAAACCCUAGAUUCAGCUGAAUACGCAUACUUUAAAUUGAAUCUGUCUCGAAAAAAUGGGGAGAAUUCCGUACAUGAAGCUCAAAGGAAGCCAGAACCUAAGGCUACGGCUCGUCCUGUCGACGCUGUCCACCACGCCUAUCCUAAUCGAGGACAUCCGCGCGGAUGCCACGUGGCCCGGCCUCCGCCCGCACGAGAUCUCGCUCCUCCGCCUCCUGGAGAAGGUUUCCGACGACUGCGUUGUGGAAAUUAACGAAACUGGCACAAAACUCAAGUACAAACCUGGUAUUGUUAUCGGUGGGAGGCAUAUAAUCCAUGACUGUGGCACGAGCCGAGCUAUCGGCUAUUUCUUGGAGCCGUUGAUUGUGUUAGGAUUGUUCGGGAAGAAGCCCUUGAGUAUCAGGCUUAAAGGUAUUACAAAUGAUGCCAAGGACCCAUCUGUUGAUACGUUUCGUUCGACUACUUUACCCAUGUUGAAGCAGUUUGGAGUACCUUCAGAAGGACUCGACCUGAAAAUUGAAAGUCGUGGUGUACCUCCUAAUGGCGGUGGAGAAGUUCUUCUUUCGGUCCCAAUUGUUCAAGAAAGUUUGAAAGCAAUUACAUGGAUUGAUGAGGGCAUGGUUAAGAGGAUUCGUGGGGUCAGCUUCUCGACUAAAGUGUCUGUGCAGUUUGAGAACACACUGAUACAUGCUGCUCGUGGUAUUUUCAAUCGCUUGCUUCCGGAUGUUCACAUAUUCACUGACCAUAAAGCUGGACAGCAGGCUGGAAAUUCACCUGGUUAUGGGAUUUCACUUUUUGCCGAAACCACUUCGGGUUGCUUUAUCUCAGUUGACACAGCAGUUUCGUAUGGACGGGCUGAAGAUGAGGAUGAGCUGGAGGAUGAUAAGAAAGAAUUGAGUCCACCUGGCGACAUUGGUGAAAAUAUUGCAUCUGCACUGUUGGGUGAGAUUGAACAAGGGGGAGUGGUGGAUUCGACUCACCAGGGCUUAUUGUUCCUUCUUUGUGCAUUAUGCCCUCAAGAUGUUUCUAAGGUUCGUGUGGGUAAGCUUUCGCCAUAUGGGAUUGAAGUCCUCAGGCACAUCAGGGAUUUUCUGGGUGUUAAGUUUGUAAUAAAACCGGAUCCUUUGACAGAGACUGUUAUUCUUAAAUGCGUCGGGUGUGGAUUGAAGAACUUGUCGAGGAAAGUUUCGUGAGAGAAAAAAAAAACAGAACUAUUUUUCGGAGUUUGUGGUUUUUCAUGCCUUCAAGAUUGAGUUGUUUCUUAAAGGCUUGAAAUUUUGAUUUNUAUUUUUAUUUUUUUUUUUUUGCAAUAAACUUCUUGUAAAUCAAGACAUGAUUAAAGUAUUUUAACACAUAAUAUCAUCUUUUACAGUAAAUUCUGAAUCAAGAUAUGGUUAAAAGUAUUACGA